CUCAUUGACUCUCUUAAAACCACCACUUAACCUCCUCCGAUGUCCUCCUCCACCACCGUCACCACCACCGUAAUUCUACUAAUCUUUCUAAUAAUAGCCAUAUCCGACAUCCCAAAAUAUGUAUCAAAACCACCAGUACCAAAAUACUCAUGUCAACCACCCCACCACGACUCCUAUGCAUUUUGCAACACAUCCUUACCAAUACCCAUCAGAGCCCAAUCCCUCUUAUCUCUCCUAACACUUUCAGACAAGAUCAAACGUUUGUCCAACAACGACACAGGUAUCCCAAACCUAGGAAUCCCAUCCUACGAAUGGUGGUCGGAAUCUCUUCAUGGUAUAGCCUCAAAUGGGCCAGGUGUCACUUUUCAAAAUGGGCCCAUAAAAAGUGCAACUGGGUUCCCACAAGUAAUCUUAACAACAUCUUCUUUUAACAAAACAUUAUGGUUUUUAAUAGCUAAGGCUAUUGCUGUUGAAGCUAGAGCAAUGUAUAAUGUUGGUCAAGCUGGGUUGACUUUUUGGGCUCCUACUAUUAAUGUUUUUAGAGAUCCUAGAUGGGGCAGGGGGCAAGAGACCCCAGGGGAGGACCCCGGUGUGGUUUCGAGUUAUUCGGUUGAGUAUGUUAAGGGGUUUCAAGGAGAGAAUUUGAAAAGGGAUGAUGAUGAAGAUUAUAGUAGUAGUAAAAGGAGAGUGUUGAGUGAUGGUGAGGAUGAUGAGUUGAUGGUUUCGGCUUGUUGUAAGCAUUUUACUGCUUAUGAUUUGGAGAAAUGGGGAAAGUAUGCUAGAUAUAACUUUAAUGCUAUUGUAACUGAGCAGGAUAUGCAGGACACAUAUCAGCCACCUUUUAAAAGUUGUAUCCAACAAGGCAGAGCAAGCUGCUUAAUGUGUUCAUAUAAUGCUGUAAAUGGAAUCCCUGCUUGUGCCGACAAGAAUCUCUUACAAAAAGCUCGAACCGAAUGGGGUUUUAAAGGAUAUAUCACUUCCGACUGUGAUGCUGUGGCUACCAUAUAUGAGUACCAAAACUACACCAAAAGUCCCGAGGAUGCUGUAGCCAUUGCUCUCAAAGCAGGAACGGAUAUUAACUGUGGAACAUACAUGCUGAGACACACUCAAUCUGCAGUUGAUAUGGGGAAGGUAGAAGAGAAAGACAUAGACAAAGCUCUUUUUAAUUUGUUUACGGUUCAAUUUCGUUUAGGACUAUUUGAUGGGAACCCGUCAAAUGGAAAGUUUGGAAAAUUUGGGCCUCAAGACGUUUGCACUACAGAUCACAAGAAUCUGGCAUUGGAAGCAGCGAGACAAGGCAUGGUGCUUUUGAAGAACGAUAACAAGUUUUUACCUUUGCGAAAGAAUGCUGUUUCAUCUUUGGCUGUAAUUGGUCCAAUGGCAAACACUACUGCUGAUUUGGGUGGAGGAUACACAGGUGUUCCGUGCAGUCCAACUAGCAUAGUUGAAGGUCUCAAAAAAUAUGUAAAAAUAACAAAUUAUGCAAGUGGUUGUCACAACGUAAAUUGUACUUCAAAGGCUGGAUUUGCUGAAGCAGCUUCUAUCUCAAAAGAAGCUGAUUAUGUUAUUCUGGUUGCGGGUAUUGAUUUGACUCAGGAAACUGAAGAUCUUGACAGGUUAAGUCUUCUUUUACCAGGACAUCAGAUGGCUCUGAUUUCUACGGUUGCUGCUGCAAGUAAAAAACCCAUAGUUUUAGUUCUGACAGGCGGUGGGCCCCUUGACAUAUCAUUUGCUCAACGGGACCCACGAAUCGCAAGUAUAAUCUGGGUUGGUUACCCUGGAGAGGCUGGUGGCAGAGCACUUGCAGAAGUCAUAUUUGGAGAUUACAAUCCAGGUGGGAAGCUGCCAGUGACUUGGUAUCCAGAAUCUUUCACAAGAGUGCCAAUGAACAACAUGAACAUGAGAUCCGAUCCUUCUAAUGGUUAUCCAGGCAGAACAUAUCGCUUCUACACUGGUGACACGGUUUACAAAUUUGGGCAUGGCCUAAGUUAUGCAAAUUACUCCUACAAUAUCCUCUCUGCGCCCAACAAACUUCAAGUUUCAGGAUCUUUGAAAACCAAAUUUAAGAACAUAUUACAGCAAAGAGGAGAUUUAUCAAACAACUAUCUUUAUGUUGAUGAACUCCAAGAAUCAGAACUAUGUGAUUCUUUGAAAUUCCCUAUGGAAAUUUCCAUCACAAACAACAGCCCUUAUGAUGGUAGCACAGUCCUGAUGCUGUUUGCCAGGGUCCCGGGAUCUUUCGAAGGUGCACCAUUGAAACAACUUGUGGAAUUUGAACGUGUACAUACCGUUUCAUAUAAGGAUACUAAAACAAACAUUGUAAUUGAUUCAUGUAAGCAUCUUAGUAUCGCCAAUGAGUUUGGAAAAACAAUAUUGCCUUUAGGUGAUCAUUCGUUGUUUCUAGAUGACGUUGAGCGUAUCGUUUCCAUUGUUAUGUGAUUACGUGUAAAGUAUAUACCACAGCGCAUUGCUGUAGUAAAUCAAUAUAGUUUGUGCUAAAGAAUAAGCUACUUUUUGAUGCA